AAGUGUCAGUUAUCAAUUGACCGUUGACUCGGUCAGACGUCUUAUCAAUGGAGCGCGUGUUUUAUAUUGUUUGUGCGUUUUUGUUUUUAGAUACGAAUGCCAACUGGGUGGCUAAGUAUGGACCAUUCAGAACUCUUUUAUAUUCAGAUUGGAUUACAUGUGACCACAGCAAGGAUUUGAAUUUGAACGUAUCCGCCACAGAAGUGUUCUUCUAUGAUUUCCAAAAUGACUACAACUACAGCUACACUAUCGACAGCGCAGCGGAAGCUAUCCGAAAUGCCUACAACCUUGACGUUACUAGAAGACUCAUAUUGUUCGUGCCUGGUUACAAGUCACACAUCGCCCGGAACGCACCGGAGAUCAUUCGCAUGGCUUUCAAAAACGUUCCCAACAUCUACCUGAUGAUUUUGGACCACUCAAUCUACACCUCAGCGCAAGGAGGUCGAGUAAAAAGCUACGAACGCUCAGUGAAUUACACAUACGACUUGGGAAAAGCGGUAGGGCAAUUACUGACCAAGUUCCGCUUAAUAGGUUUCGAAUCCAAGAACAUACAUUGUAUUGGACACAGUUUGGGCGGUCAGAUCCUCGGGUAUGCUGGCUCUAUGUACUAUAAUAUGACGUCAGAGAAAGUUUGGCGGGUGACAGGGAUCGAUCCAGCGGGACCUUGCUUUUCAAAUUCGCUAAUUGAAGACCAAAUUCGUUCAGGAAUUGCGGAGUACGUCGAGGUUUAUCAUUGCAACGCUGGUGGUUUAGGAACAACAAGCGUUCUGGCAGACGCUGAUUUCUUUUUAAACGAUGGCAAGAUUCAACCGCUUUGCGAUGCCAAUUUUUUCAACAGUUUCGGUGAUUCAGAAGCAAGAUGCAGUCACAAAUCUUGUGUUAAAUAUUGGGCCGAGACUGUUAGUAAUCCUGGCUGGUAUUUGGCUUGGAAGUGCGAUUCUUACAAAGAGUUUACCAAAGGCAAAUGCGCGGCAAACGAAGUCACUAUAGCUGGUUAUUCGAACCCUGGUAAUGCGACUGGUGUUUUCUAUGCUUCAACAGCGACUUAUGGUGUUUUGUAAUAGAAUUAAAUUUAAUAAUUUGUUGUUGUUGUGUAUACGCUGUAAAUAUGUAGUAAAAUAGAUAAAUAAUCCAAUUGUAUGUUCAGUGUACUCAAUUGGGCAUUUGUAUUUUCCACUUAAAGAAUGUAGGUAGGUAUAGCAAACAAUAAAAAUCCCAAUUGAGGGCAGUACUACUUUUUA